AUGUCACAAUCUAAAAAACGAAAACUUAAGCCUGGGGGAACAAGAGUUCAUUGCUCUGCUUGCAAUUGUUCUAACAGCAAAGGAUCGCACCCAAAUCUGAGCUUUUUUCGGUUUCCAUCAGACACAAAGAGGUAAGACUACUGUUGUAUUCCAAUGUGUGUUUUGAGUUUCAAAUUACGUCUCUUUCUUUAAUUUAAAUGAAUUUAGAUAUUAAAGAUUUUAUUUUAAACAUAUACACAGUUGUUUUCAACAUAUAAACAAUUUAUAAUGAAUUCUCGUAGAUCCAAAGAGUGGGUUGUCGCAUGUCGACGUGAAGACCUUUUGAAUAAAACCCCCAAGUAUUUAUACGCCAACUGCAAACUAUGUUCUGAGCAUUUCGAAGAUUGUAUGUUCGUCAAUCCGACUAUUAAAAAUCGUUUGAAUGAUAAAGCAAAACCAAGUAUUUUCAACGUGCAAAAUCCUCCACCGAGUCUGGGUUGCAAACGUCGAAUAAUAACAAGAAACAAUGAGGCACUUCCGUCAUCAGGUAAAUAAAAAGAUACAAAAAGUUGUAAUAUUAUCAUAUAUGUUAUGAUGACGCCAAGCACAGCUAAAAUAUAGUUAAAACGUUCGUUUAAUCGUGGUUUAAUCAACCCAUAAUUCUGAAUAGGAAAAAGAGCAAGAAAGGAAAAGGACACAUGUCCAACACAAUGUAAGUAUGCCCACUGACUGUUGCAAAAAAAUUAGAGCUGUUUAAUAUAUUUUAUUGACAAAUUAUAUCUAUCAAAAUAGCAAAUGAUUUACAAGUUGACGAAGUACAAGGAGAAAACGAAGAUUUAAUUCGUGAAAACAUUGACGGUAUAUUAUAAUAUUGUAUAAUUUUCUUGACAACAUGUGUAAUUUCAACAUACACACGUAAAAACGCACAAGUUGUAACAAACCUGUAGCAGACUUGUAGUAAUGCUGUUCCAACAAAUUGUCGACAGGAUGUGUUCGCACUGCUUGUUCCCAGCUUGACAAGUUGUUGGCUUGUUGACAACUUGCUACAAGGUUGCUGAGCCCAACAGACUUGUUACAAGUUGUUCUGACAACUUGUUAUCAUCCUCCAAUUCAACAAUUUGUCAACAAGUUGUGAGUGACAACCUUGAAGCAACUUGAUAAAAUAUCAACAUUGAUACAACUUGUUGACAAACUUGCUGCAAGCCUGUUGCAAACACAUCCUGUUGACAAGUUGUGAGAUUUUUACGUGUGUAUUAUGCAUAAAUUAUUUUUUUAAUAAUUAAUUUUUUAAAAUAGAAACCCAUGCCAAUGUAAUAAAUCCAGAGACUGAAGAUGGUACCUGCCAGACAAGUCCAGAUAUUACAUCUGACACUCCUCGUAAAAAGAAGCUAAAACAGACAAUAAAGUCAAAAAAUGAUCAGAUCAAAAAGUUAAAAAAGAAAUUGAAUCCAAAAAAGAGAUUGAAUCCAAAAAGAAAAUCAAAGAGGGAGAGAACAAUUGACCAAGCCUUGUCACAACUACCACCAAACAUGGCGAACUUCAUAAGAGAUCAAAUAAGUCUUCAUUCCAAAAAAAGUAAGGGACGCAGAUACUCACCAGAGAUGAAGACAAUAGCAUUGUCCUUGUAUCAUGCAAGUGGCAAAGCUUACAAAAUAUUGUCAAAGUUGUUCAUCUUACCAAGCAAGUCAUCAUUAAAAAGAUUCAUUUCAAAUAUUCCAACUACAUCUGGCAUAUCAGAACAGAUACUUAAAGCAAUCCAACAAAAGGUUCUUCAUAUGAAUGACAUGGAAAAGAUUUGUACCCUUUGCAUUGAUGAGAUAUCAUUGAAAAGUCACCUUUACUACAGUGUUCCUGAUGACAAAAUAAUUGGAUUGGAGGACUUUGGUAACGGAGUAAGAAGUAAGAAAAUUGCCACAUCUGCCCUUGCGCUCUUGAUCAGAAGCAUUUCUUGA